CUAUACCUCCACCUAUACCUCCGCGACCCUCUCCAACCCUCCAACCCUCCACGACAGCGACCACUUGAGUGCAUUUACUCCACAAAAUGCUCUCAGCCAUCAAUUGCUACGACGCAGGCCUACAAGAUGGCCUCGUACAGCACGAUCUCCACCGAAGCGACGUCCGAGCAGACCAUGCUCAAGUCCAAGCCCCUGUCCCGGAAGGUCCUCGCGUUCGCCGGCGUCGCGUCGUUCGUCCUCGGCAACCGCUCCUGCGUAGAAUUUCUCGAUCUCCGGGACGCGCGGGUCACCUUAUGUACGGCGCAGGCGUGCUCGCCGUCACGGCCACGCCCGGCGCGCCGUCGCCCGGCCUCCGCGGUUCCACGGCCACGGAGCUCGUCCUAGAUGGAGAUUGUACCAGACAAGGUGGGCGUCAUCCGUUCGAGACCCCCGUGCACUGUGAUUGUGACUAUCAUCCGGGUGGGUGCACUAUCUCGCAAACGCAGAGCAUCUCGGGCUGCGCGUGCAAGUGCAUUUACGAGUUGGGCUGGACGUGCUCUGGUCAGGACGCUAAUUGCAAAGACCCGACGUCCGACUUGUGCAAGAACCCCGAUAACUCGAAAGCGGCUUGUGAACAAGGCGGCGGCGACUGCGGCGGCUACAAAGACUGA